AUGCUACUCGCGGAUCGCGAGUUCAGUCUGCGACUGGCAACCGCGCGUGUAACAUCGUCUCUUCUUUGUCCCUCUCUCUUUCUCUCUCUAUCUCUCUCUCUCCCGUCCCUUCUGCUCGUCGCAUGUUGCAUCGCGCAAGUUUUUUUUUUUCAGUUAAAUUUUGUCAGGAGAAAGGAUUGUUUACAAAAAUUUCGGUGUACCGUUUAGGAACAGUUUUGAACGGAAGAGGGGAAACGUGAGAUUAGGUGAGAUAAGAUGAUAGCCGAUGUCGUGUCGGUGACAAUCUUCCAUUGUCAAAUGCAUCACCGUUGCGUACCAUCGAAGCGAUCGUGAGGCGGUCGGAUGUGCAGCGACGUGAAGGAUAAUAACAAUUCAGGACGGACUGUACUUUUGUGCCGGCAGAACUGCUGAUUCGUCAUUUGUCGAAUGCUCUGAUGAAGUCAUCACUCAACGGAGAACAUGAAGACCGAUUAUUCAUCGAUAAUCGCUAGGUUCUUUACGUUGCUGAUACUGUUUGGACCAGUCACGGAUGUCCAUUCACUCGACAUACGAUCAUGCAACCAGUCCUUGGGGAUGGAGUCGGGUGACAUACCGGAUUCAGCUAUCACCGCGUCCUCGUCGUAUGUGACGAACGUCGGGCCGCGAAAUGGCAGGCUCCGGAAGGAGACUGCCGGCGGUGCUUGGUGUCCAAAAAUCCAAAUAGAGAAAGGGGUUCGCGAGUGGCUUCAAGUUGACCUACUGAACACUCACGUCAUUACCGGGGUGCAGACGCAGGGCCGUUUCGAUCACGGCCGCGGUCAGGAAUACGUCGAGGAUUACACUGUAGAAUAUCGACGUCCCGGCUUUACUCGAUGGCGGCGAUAUAAGCGUUGGGACAAGCAAGAGGUUUUAACUGGCAACAGCGAUACGUCCACCGUUGUAUCACACAAUUUGAUUCCACCUAUAUUCGCUAGUCAAAUUCGGAUUCUACCACAUUCGGAACACAGACGUACGGUUUGCCUUCGCAUCGAGCUCAAAGGAUGCCGAGACACGAGCGGUGUCAUGAGCUACACCAUACCAGAUGCUUCUCUACCAGAGUUUAGUGACAUCUCGUACGACGGUAAGAAGCAGGAGAACUUGCUGACCGAUGGUUUAGGUUGUCUAAUCGAUGGCGAGGUCGGCGAAGAUAAUUAUAGACUCGACAUAGGAAAUAGAAAAGGCACGGGUUGGGUUGCUUGGCUUCGUGACACUUUCCGAGAGAACUUCGUGGAGCUCAUCUUCGAGUUUGAAACCAUGAUGGUCUUCGAAGCGGUACACAUUUAUACCAACAAUUAUUUCUCACGGGAUGUUCAGGUAUUUUCGAAGGCGGAAAUAUGGUUCAGCACCGAUGGCGAGACGUAUGAAGACGAGCUCUUGCCUUAUUCCUAUAUACCGGACGUCGUGUUGGAAAACGCCCGAAACGUUUCAAUUGGAUUACACGGACGGCGUGGGAAACUUCUCAAAUUGCAUCUGUACUUCGCUGCACGAUGGAUCAUAAUCGGCGAAGUGACAUUCGACGCAACAAAUCCCUAUGAAAACACUACGGAAGAAGCGGCGUCCGAGUUCAGCAACCGGGAGAUUCCAGUCAACCCUGAAGUGGAUCUCAACUUGCAAACGAUUACAGCACCAGGAGAUGGCCAAGAAUAUCUGGAGGUACUGAUAGGUGUCCUCACUGCCAUCAUAUUGCUGCUCCUGCUGGUCUUCUUCAUUAUCCUAUUUUUAAAUCGACGACAAAAAUUACAGAGUUCCCCAACGGUGUUAAAAAACCCAUUUGGUUUCGCUAUAAAUAUGAAGGGUCUUCUUUUAAAUUUAACGCCCGGCGGAAUGAUGGCAGCGGAAACUGCCAAUCACGUUUCACCUGAUGUACCGGAAGACGUCAGCAUGCAUGAAUCACUUACGAUGGAGCAAUUUAACUCACCGCUUGUCAGUCCCCAGUAUAAAUCCACAUACGCGAUCGUAGCCAAUUCUGAUUCCCCGAAGGAUUUCAAGAACAUAGAAAUUUCGGAAGAGAACGUACGACUGGACGCAAGACCGGAAUCCGCAAUCGGUCCCUCCAGCUGUUCCUCGUCGCCGACUAACUCGCCGGCUCGUCACUCUCAACAUUACAGAACCCUUCAAAGUUAUAGCAGUCCAACUAGGAAACUCAAUAUGGCGGUUACGCCCAAUCACCAAAGAGACGUCGAUCAGGUUCACUCGAAACGCUGGCAUACAGCGCCAAAGGAGAAGCACAAGAUACCAGCACCUGUCGUCAGUUGGAAUAUUGCACCCAGCAUGAACAAGCCGUACAAGUGCAAGGAAAUAGAGCCAACCAAUAUACCACGUCAGUGCCUACGAACGACAGAGAAACUUGGCUCGAGAACCAUAGGAGAGGCUAUAAUAUGCGAAGCUGUUGGUCUAGACGAGAUCAUAUCUGACGCUCCCAGAUUAGUCGUUGCUCGCGUACCCCUGUGUACGAGCGAUAUUCGUACUAACAAUGCAGCCGACCAGAUGAGGGAAGUGCAAUUUCUAUCGUGUUUAUCCGAUCCGAAUGUGGCACGUAUAUUAGGAAUCUGCACUGUUGAGCCAGUGCCGUGGACUAUCAUCGAGUAUACGGAACUCGGUGAUCUCGCUCAUUAUCUUCAGUACAGUGUACCGCUUACGGGAACGCUCAGGCCAAAUUGCAAUCUAAAAGCUCUUAGUCAAAGUUGUCUGCUGUAUAUGGGAACACAGAUAGCAUCAGGAAUGAGAUUCCUUGAAUCGAAGAAUCUGGUGCACAAAGACUUGGCGGCCAGGAAUUGUCUGGUAGGUCGUUCUUACACCGUGAAAGUGACCGAUAUAGCCAUGUGCAGCGAUCUUUACAAGAAAGAUUAUAGCGAUAUAGGAGGUAGACCACCCGCACCGAUCAGAUGGUUACCGUGGGAAAGCAUUUUAUUGGAUAGGUAUACAUGUUCGAGUAGCAUAUGGUCUUUUGCCGUGACACUCUGGGAAGUAAUGAGUCUGGCUAGAGAAAAGCCUUUUCAACAUCUGUCAAAUGAUCAAGUUAUUCAGAACGCCGAGCAUAUGUAUUACGGAGCCGAGCUACAAAUAUUUCUACCGAAACCAACAAUGUGUCCGGAGGAGGUCUAUCGGGUGAUGUGCUCCUGUUGGAGAAGGGACGAGACAUCACGACCAACCUUCAAGGAUAUUUACACGUUCCUGAAGAAUAUAAUAGCGGACUAUCGACCUGGUGCAUAAUUAAUCUUGGUUAACUGUGAUACGGAAUGGACGGUUAAUCUCCUGGAAUGUAAACGACAUCGUCGGGAAUAUUCCGAGUAGAACGAGGCGUUAUUUGAGAUCGUACUCGCCGGGCAUGAUGCCUCGCGCGAAAUCAGAUUCUCCGGAAAUGUACAAUCGUUAGUUUUAGAUAUAUGUGUAUUGGAGAGGCUAAGUCUCCUCCCUUGCGCAGGAAACACGGCAUGAAAAAUCGCACGUAAAAUGCAAAAGAUUUGCAAAUUGAAAAUAAUUUUCCGCGCUACUCAAUCUAAUCUGUUACCCAAAUGAAAGCAAUGGCGAUAACGGACGUUUCAGAGUAAAUGCCAAACGAGCACGAGGAGAGAUGUAUAAUUAACGUAUAAGUGUUAGGUUGUUUUCUUUAGAUAAUCAAGAUCGAUAAUUUUGCUCUUCUUUAACUCGAGUGUAUAAUCGCGUAACUUUUGUCUGAACGUUUAAAAAGAUUUCAUUUUCUAGUCAAUACGAAUCUUUAAUUCUCACGAAAGUGCUAUGGUUGUACAGUAUUCUAAUAUUAAUAAUAUGUAAUGUACGCUACUAUGCUCAGUACUGAUAAAGUCUAUCCAUUUGUACAUACAAAUUUAGGUCGUAACGCUAGGUAAAUGGGAAAUUUUUACGGCAGUAAGUGUCACGACGGCUGCUUUUCAUUUUGUCCCACUUCCUUUUAUUAUUUGUUUCUUUUUCUUAUGUUUUAUAUAAACUAAAUUUAUAUAAACUAAUUUUUUUUUACUGAUACGUUUAGUUCUUUUACAAGUAUGACAAUACGCGGAAAUGACACCAACAAAUUUCAAUACAAGCAAGUAAAAAAGGCAAACAAUACUAAUGUCCGCGCUAGACUUGUAUUUCUUUGGCCUUUUUUAUUUAUUUGUAUUUAAAUUCCACGCGUUCUUAUUUUUUUCACGUUUAACAAGUUUCUUUCCAUUUUAAGUCUUAAAUAUAAUAAAUUAAGUUGGCUCAAGUGUAAAAAGUAUCCAUAAAAACAGAAUCGAGCAAGAUUUGAGAAAAUGUUAAAUGUUCAGUCGAUUAAGUACAGUUAUGAAAUAAUUUUAUUCGCUCACCGUCUUAUUACGCCUUAAAAAUUUCGGCUUAGUCAACUUGUACAUUCAAGACCCAUCAGUAGUAAGUACUUAUUAUUCCAUUGUCCGUUUAAGUUGGAAUUAUACUACGCUAAGAAAGUGUAGAUUUCAAGCAUGUUCUUCCCAAGGACGUAAAUAUGAACACAUAUCUUCGCUCGUUUAUAUUUAAAAACAGAAAAAGACGCUGAAAACAUCUAGCAACGAGUAUCGUGCUUUGGAAGGAAUCAAUAAAAAUUUAAACAAUGCCAUAUAUUUGUUGGAAUUUUAAAUUACGGACGCUUGAGCGUAUCGAUAAUAGCAAUACAAAAAUAAAAAUGUUAAUAAAGAAUGAAAAAUAAUAAUAUGACAAUAUACAUAUAUAUGUCUUAUUACUCUAAAAUAAUUUUAUUUAUUUGUAUAAUUAUUUAUUAAAUUAUUUUUACAAUGCUUUUCAACUUAUAAUUAAUAUUUUUAUAUAAUUGUUUUUUUAUGUAUUAAUAAGUCGCAAUAAAAUAUGCAGUUCGUAAAUAUAAAAAUAAUUUUAAUAAAAGUAGAAGAACGUUCAAACGUCCUAUUCCUUACUUUUUAAAGUUGAAGAACUAAAUUUCUAGAGGAACUAAGUUUCUAGAUAUUUUUACCGUUAUAAUUGUUUGUCGAAUCAGAUAAAAAUUAGCAAAAAAAAGAUUGACAUCAAUUUCAAUAAAUGAUAUAAUUAUUUGUAGAGUG